AUCCGUGGCAUGCUUCCUGCCCAGGGAGUGGUUGUAUCAGUUCUUGGGUAGCAAGCGAACUGAAGAGUGUCUGCAACAUUAACAAUUUUGAAGAGUAUUAUCCAGUAGUAUUUGGUUUUUUGUUAUCACGUUCUGCAACGCAAUCUCCAGAUGUCUGUGAUCAUACUGCUGUUAUUGUGCUACGGCAUUCCUUCUGGGCAGCCACAGAAUAGCACAAGGCUACCAGAUCCACACGGUGUUCCACCACCCGAUAAUGGGAGCUAUAAAAGUGACCUGCUUCUGAACUGGCUAAUUUCGGGUUGCUCGAGCAAAACCUGUCACCCAGAGUUCCGCAAAGACCCGUACGAGUAUGAAGGAUUCGAUGGAUGGUACAAUAAUUUCGGACGACCAGAUCUAGGAGCGGUUGACACACCACUGUUAAGGAGAAGCAAAGCAGCUUACAGAGACGGAGUGUAUCAACCAUCAGGAUAUAACAGACCCAACCCAUUGGAAUUAAGCGAAAACUUGUUAAACGGAACUGUAGCAACGCUAUCAAACACUGGAAGAAACGCAUUUCUCGUUUUUUUUGGUCAGCAAGUCGUGGAGGAAAUUUUAGAUGCCCAAAGGGCGGCUUGUCCACCAGAAUAUUUCAACAUUAAAAUACCAGAAAACCACAGAUAUCUGAAAUUAAAUAAAGAGAUGCCGGUAUUGCGAACACGAUACGAUGCGCGAACAGGAUAUUCACCGAACAAUCCUCGUCAGCAGCUCAAUGAAAUCACCCCGUACCUCGACGGAGGGCUUAUCUACGGUACUACGAAAGCGUGGUCUGAUGUUUUGCGUACGAAUAAGGAUGGCAAAAUUGAGCCAAAAGGAUUGCUCGCAGCAUCGGACGACGGAUUGUUCCCAAUAAUAAACAAUGUUAGAUUGCCGAUGGCUAAUCCGCCUCCUCCACAUAAUCACAGUGAAUACAUUAACCGGCAUUACACCGAGAGAGUGGACAGAUUUUUCAGGCUGGGAAAUCCACGGGGUAAUGAAAACCCUUACCUCUUUACUUUCGGAGUGCUGUGGUUCCGGUGGCACAAUUACAUCGCAAACCACAUAAGUAAAUUCAACAAGGACUGGUCGAGUGAUAAAAUAUUCAAUGAAGCUAGGAAAUGGGUUAUCGCUUCCCAACAGCACAUCGUUGUAGAGGAAUGGCUGCCGGAAUGGCUUGGCAGCAACUUAGAACCAUAUAAAGGCUAUGAUCCCAGUGUGGAUCCACAGAUAGAUCAGUUCUUUCAAGCAGCUGCGUUUCGCUUCGGACACACUCUGGUACCAGCAGGCGUUCAAACGAGGAAAUCUGCAAAGGAUAAGUGUGGAAGAGGAAAAAUAAUACGAACGUGUAACAGUUUCUGGCGACCAAUGGAAGCUAUUUUAGAAGCAGUAGAUUACAAUACGUCGCUGAGCGUUGGCAUGGAGAGACUAAUAAUGGGCAUGACUGGACAGUUGUGCGAGACGGAAGAUCAUAAAAUUGUUGAGGAUUUAAGGGGCAAUGUGUUUGGACCACUGGAAUUUUCCAGGCGUGAUUUAAUGGCUAUUAAUAUUCAGCGAGCCCGUGAUCACGGACUUCCAGAUUACAAUACGGUCCGAGAGAUAUUCGGCUUGUCACGUAUCACUAAAGAAUCUGAAUUUGUACACGUCACCCGCGAGGCACAACAAGCGCUUCUAAAGCUCUACAAUAAAAAGUUCGACGACAUCGAUCUUUGGGUAGGUGGAAUAAUGGAGACUAAUAACGGACCUGGGGAGUUGUUUCAAAAAAUAAUAAAAGACCAGUUCCAACGCAUCCGAGACGGUGAUAGAUUUUGGUACAAUAAUGGAAAAAAUGGAUUAUUCACCGAACCUGAAAUAAUGCGUAUAAAACAAUUAUCUUUCUAUCAUAUACUAUUAGCCGUGACAGAUAUAAAGGCAAACGACAUUCAAAGACAGCUGUUCAAAGUUCCAACUCAAGAUGACGAUGUGAAAAAAACAUGCAACAAUGAAUUUAAGGAAAAAACGAACUGUUUUAACACAACUUCUUGUUUCCAUAUAACACCAAGACCUCAGGAAGUAAACAAGAUACCGUGUUCUCAACCGGGAACGUACGAUUAUUUUUCGACCAGUGACGUAUCGUUCAUACUGACUUUUCUUGGUCUAUCGGCAUUCAUAGUUGGACUUAUUGUCUUCCUGGGAGUAACGCUGGCAAUAAGACGCAAGAAAUUGAGAAGAGUAAUGCCAAUAAAUGUGCAUGAUGCUGACGAAAAUAUGGACCAUGUUCAUUCCGCCACUGAAUGGAUCAAUCACAGAAAACCACUACGACCUAUACUCAUAACGUUGAAUGUUGCGAGAAAAAAAAUCGAAGUGGCAAAUCAACACGGUUCUCCAUUGCGAGCUCUGGACAUGAAUCGCAACUUGGAAACAAAGAUUUACAUACCAACCGAUGAAGCUUACGUGAUGAUUAAAGUGGAACACAAUUACGAUCUUAUAAUAAAAUUUGCAAAUGAUCACUUGCGAAAUGUAUUCCUGAAGCAUUUUGAUAGAUUUUCUACCAACAUCAACAUGAAUUGCAAUAAAGUGCGUAAUUUAACAAAGGUGUCAAUGCUGAAGCAGGCUGUAACACAGAAGGAUAGACAAAAACAAUUGGACAGAUUCUUUCGAAGCAUAUUUGCACUGCUUUGGAACCACACGAGUACAUCACAGACAAAGCUUUCUCAAGCAGAUCUUAAUAAAUUAAUAGGAGAGAAGCUAGCCAAGGAUGUGAUGUAUACUGAGCUGACACUAUACGAAUUUGCCGAAGUUUUAAGUAUGCCUCCCGAGUCAAAUUUCGUUAAAAAGAUGUUUGAGUGGGCCGACAACAACAAAAAUGGAUUGAUAUCGUUUCGGGAAUUUAUAGCCGUGAUGACGGUGUUUUACAACGGCUCUGCAGAGGAAAAAACGGAAUUGUUGUUUAACAUGUACGACAUAAAUGCUAAGGGUACAUUGAGCAGAGACGAUUUUGCAAACUUGUUAAGAUCUCUAGUGGAAACGUAUAAAGUAGAUUUGAAUAAAGACGACUUGGAUCAGGCUAUACGAUCAACAAUGCACGCAGCUGGGCUAGCAGACAAGCAAGACAUUGAUUUGAUGGAUUUUCAACGCUUGCUUAAAGACUACAAGCAGCAGCUAAAGCUAGAAUUCAACAUUCCUGCGCAACAAGGUAAAGCGCAAAAACUUGCAAGCAGAGCUCAAAGAGCAAGAGAAAGCUUCUACAACGAUCCCAGAGAAUUACGUAAAAAAGUUGGAGGUAAAUUAGAAAAAGAGGCGGAAGAACCCAUCGACAAGAAUAUUGAAAUAAUCAAAACUUCGAUGUCUACGGGGACAUACUGGUAUCCAAUUACAAAGUACAUUGCCGAUAAGCAGCUGCAGAUUUUCUGGCUCUUCUUAUACACAACAGUGCUAAUAGCGAUAUUUGCCGAACGUGCUUACUAUUAUCAAGUUGAACGAGAGCACACUGGAUUACGACGAAUAUCAGGACCUGGAGUGACCUUAACAAGAGGUGCUGCAUCGGCAAUGAUGUUCACUUAUGCAACUUUACUCGUAACGAUGUCUCAGAACACCAUAACUGUGCUCAGAGAAACUUUUCUGCAUCAAUAUAUACCGUUCGAUUUGAGUUUAGAUAUGCACAAGUACGUUGCCAUCUGGGCCCUAGUUUUUACCAUGCUGCACGUCAUGGGUCAUGCCGUUAACUUCUACCACAUAUCAACACAAACAGCUGAUGACUUGACCUGCUUAUUCCCAAACUUCUUUCAUUCAACACACGAGAUACCAAAGUUCCACUACUGGUGCUGGCAAACAAUUACAGGAAUAACAGGCGUUGUGCUAACUAUUUUGACGGCAGUGAUAUUCCUAUUUUCUAUACCCUUAAUAAGAAGAAGGCUAUACAACUGGUUCCGCUACACACAUUCUAUGUACCCAAUAUUCUUCAUCCUCAUGAUUCUCCACGGCACUGGACGAUUAGUUCAGGAACCAUUCACCCAUUACUACCUCCUCGGACCGCUGAUUCUCUUCACAAUAGAUAAAAUAAUAACAGUGACGAGGAAAACUUCGGAGUUACAAAUCGUACAAGCAGACUGUCUGCCCUCAGGAGUAACGUGCCUCAAGUUCGAAAAGCCAUCAGAUUUCCAAUACAAAUCUGGACAAUGGAUCAGAAUAGCUUGCACGGAUUUGAACCCAAACGAGUACCAUCCUUUUACACUAUCGUCUUCACCUAACGAGCCGAAACUUUCAGUUCACAUCAGAGCAGUAGGCCCUUGGACUCAUGAUAUUCGAUAUAGGGUAGACCCAACUCUGAUGAAGGACUCAGAAAUGAAGCUUCCAAAGAUUCGAAUCGAUGGCCCGUACGGAGAAAGCGCACAGGACUGGUACAAGUACAAGACAGCCAUAAUGAUAGGUGGUGGAAUUGGAGUCACCCCGUUCUCUUCGAUACUAAAGGAUAUAGUAUACAAAUCGAAUAUCCACCAAAGUUUGGGAUGUCAAAAGGUAUACUUUUUAUGGAUAACAAGGACUCAACGGCAGUUUGAGUGGAUGGUCGACAUAUUAAGAGAGCUAGAAGUGGCGGAUAAGAACAAAGUUGUAACAGCUCAUAUAUUCAUAACGCAGUUUUAUGAGAAAUUUGAUGUCCGCACAGUAUUGCUGUACAUGUGCGAGCGUUAUUUUCACGGGGAAUCGAACAAAUCAUUGUUCACCGGACUUGAAGCAGUUACGCAUUUCGGACGGCCUGAUUUCCUAAAAUUUUUCAGGGCAAUUCGCAGAUUAAAUUCUAAAAAUCAUACCGUCGGAGUAUUCAGUUGUGGAUCUCGAUCGAUGGUACAAUCUGUUGGUCAGGCGUGCACUACGCUUAACAGAGAGACAAACGACGACGGCAUAUUCAAACAUCACUACCAGUCAUUUUAAUAGUAACAUAUUCAUAUAAAAAUAAUCACAACAAAAAUAAUAAUAAUAAAGGGCUAUUCACUCUUGAAAUCAGCUUUACAUCCUAGUUUCUAUUGAAUCACAUUUAUGAUACAUGAAUUCAUGUGGAAUUCUUUGCCUAUAGGCCGAAAUUGCAUGGAAAUUACCAUACUAGUCAUGAAAUGAUUCAGCAGUUAACAUUAAAAGUUAUGAAUUCAUCUGAAAUCUAUAUAAAAAUUAUGUGAAAUCAAUUCAAAAUCUCGUAAAAUCGUAUCUAAUCGCAUGAAAUCAUACAGAGUGUGAGAAAUCCAUGUAGUAUUUUGAAAUUAGUUAAAAUAAUCUGAAUUCCCUCGAAAUCAUUAGAAGUUACGAAAUGACUUGUACACUCAAAGUCUUAGUGAAUAGCCCCUCGAUUAAUUAGUAAUGAUAGCUACAAGUAAACGUUAAACAUUAAAAUACCUGUAACGAUAUAUGCAAACUUUUCUGUUGAAGACUUAUGUCUCAUAAUAAUAUUUGACUUCAGUGAAUUUUGAGGAUAACGGUUCGUUUUAUAUGCCGGAAAUCGAAAAAAAAAACCGUGUAGAAAGCACUGUCUAAUUGUAAUCAGAUGGUAGAAAUUAGCAAAUCGGAAACUGAAGUACCAUCGAGACUUCACUUUUUGAAUGCUGGCAAAAUCAAAUACAAGUAGGUAUGAUGCAAGACACGAUAUGGCUGUAUACUGUAUAUUUUGCUCAAUAUAGAUUGUAUGUACUCAA